AUGGCUCGCCUUAACAUCCGAUGGCUCCUUCGGAGCGCUUUCUUUGGAAUCGCCACAGUUGUCGGCAGUGAAGCCAUGUUUGCUUCGCUGGCGGAAGCGUCGUCCGAGGUCCCUCCCGAUGUUGGGCCGGGCGCCACGGCACCGGUGCGGCCCUUUCGUCUCGACCAGGUCCGGCUCGGCGGCGGCCUGAUGCAGGAGAAGCGCGAUAGGAUGAAGGCAUACCUCCGUCAGUACGACCAACGGAGAUUCUUGGUGCUUUUCAACAACCAGGCUGGCCGGCCAAAUCCGGAAGGAGUCGCAGUGCCGGGUGGGUGGGAAGACGGAGGCCUGUUAAGCGGACAUUGGACGGGCCACUUUAUGACGGCCCUUUCGCAAGCGUACGCUGACCAGGGGGAAGAGAUUUUCAAGACCAAGCUCGACUGGAUGGUCAAUGAACUGGCCACAUGCCAAGAUGCAAUCACUGCUCGAUUCGAGGGCAAAGGCCAAGGCUCCGGCGCCGCGUCCUGGAUCCCCACGUACCCCGGCUACCUAGGGGCGCUCCCGGAGGAUACCGUACUUAGGCUGGGACCACCUCGAUUCGCCGUGUACGGGAGCGACCUCAACAAGAACACGUGGGCACCCUGGUACACGCAGCACAAGAUCCUGAGAGGUCUGCUGGAUGCCUACUACAAUACCAACAACACGCAAGCGCUCGAGGUCGUCACCAAGAUGGCCGACUGGGCACAUCUCGCACUGACUGUUGGAGACAAGAACCACCCCAACUACAGAGGGAACAUUACCCGCGAUGACCUGAACUACAUGUGGGACGUUUACAUUGCUGGCGAGUUUGGUGGUGCCAACGAAGUCUUUCCGGAAAUCUAUGAGCUGACCGGGGACGCGAAGCAUCUCGAGACGGCCAAGUGCUUUGACAACCGGGAGUCUCUCUUCGGUGCUGCUGUCGAAGAUAAAGAUAUCCUGGUCGUGCUUCCCCAAAACAUUCCAGGCCGCCGCCGCCGCGAGCGUCUUCACGCAAACACACACGUUCCUCAAUUCCUUGGAUACAUGCGGGUCUACGAACAGAGUGGAGAGCGGGAUUACCUCGACGCCGCGCGAAACUUCUACCACUGGGUCUUCCCACACCGCGAGUUCGCCACCGGAGGCACGGGAGGCAACUACCCAGGGCACGAGGAUAACAACGAGCUGUUUCAGAACCGGGACGACAUUGCUUACGCCCUCAACAAGAGCGGCGGGGCGGAGACGUGCACCACCUACAAUAUGCUGAAGCUAGCCCGGAAUCUAUUUAUGCACGAGCACAACGCGACUUACAUGGACAGCUACGAGCGCGGUCUGUUCAAUAUGAUCACCGGCUCGCGCGCCGACACAAACAGCGUCGAUGGCCCACAAGUCACCUACUUCCAGCCCCUCGGCCCCGGCGCCGCCCGUGAUUAUGAUAACAUUGGCACCUGCUGCGGUGGGACGGGGAUGGAGAGCCACACCAAGUACCAGGAGACUGUGUACCUGCGCUCAGCUGAUGGGUCCACGUUGUGGAUCAACCUCUAUGUCCCGGCCACCUUGGACUGGGAGGAAAAGGGCUUCACAGUUAAGCAGGAGACAACGUUCCCGCGCGAGGGCUCCUCCAAGUUCACAAUCACUGGCGACGGCCCUCUAGAUGUCAAGCUCCGCGUCCCUGCCUGGGUCCGCAAGGGUUUCCGGGUGGCUGUCAACGGAGAGACUCAGGGCCAACAAGAGCCGCAACCCGGCACGUACCUGACGCUGAGCCGGCUCUGGAAGACGGGUGACGUGAUCGAAGUCAAGAUGCCGCUCAGUAUUCGCGUUGAGCGCGCCAGAGACCGACCAGACACCCAGGUCAUUAUGUGGGGGCCUGUGGUUCUGCAAACUGUCGGCCAGCCGACCGGCGCCGACGGCUUCUGGGACCUGUCUCUCUACCGGUACCUUAAGCGGGACGGCGACUACGCGCAGGGGGCGAUCAAGCGGACCGGCAGCACCGUGGGAGGGGACCCGCUCUUCACCGCGGCCGGCAGCGACGUCGCUGUGCGGCCGUACUAUGUGAGCGAUCUGCAGCCAGUUUCGUCUUAUUUUCGCCGCGUCGAACCCGCCGUCGUCUUUGGCUCCAUAGACACCGGCGUCGCGAACCGCAAGCGUAAUGACCGAUUGCCCGAGUACGACGUGCCCGUGACUGGCAUUGAGUCUCCGGGCUCGGAUGGACCUACAUUCCUUGACGUGCUCUGGGACCAAGCACCAUUUGUCACACAUGCUGACUUUGUCAAGGCGGUUACCUCUACCGCCGACUCUUUUGUAGCUGCUGGUGUGUACACGACCGACGAGCGUGAUGUAAUUGUGGUCAAGGCUAGUGAGGCUGAGAAGGAGCUCAACCCGGGGUGCACACCACGGGAGAGGAGAAUGUGA